CCGGCGGGUUAUCCGUAGAAGGGGGAUGGCCGUUUUCGACGCUAGAACCUGGCAACCUCAGAGCUCCAGCCCGGCACUGUAAACAAGCGGAGGAAACUUGGCGUUAGCUAAAGCUACAAGAUCCAACCUUGCUCUCUGCCAAAAAGUUGCAGUCCACCCUUUCAUGUGAAUACUGACCCAUGGACCAGUGCAGUGUCUGCACCACCCGAGAGUCCAUUUUGGAAGUAGACCAUGAAUGACAAACUAGUCUUCCUGGGCCUGCUGUACUUCGUCCAGGGUAUUCCCUAUGGUCUCCAGUCUUCUCUGCUUCCUGUAUACCUGCGUGGAGCCGGUCACUCUCUCACACGCAUUGGUUUCACCAAGAUUCUUUACUUUCCUUGGGUACUUAAGGUACUCUGGGCCCCUUUGGUGGACCGAGUGGGCACUAAGCGUCGCUGGCUCGUGGGGACGGUAUCUGGGCUUGCACUGACAUGCCUUUCCAGUGCUGCCCUCGCUCCAGAAGCACACAUCUGGGGUGUGGCUGGAACUCUGCUAGCCAUGAACACCAUCGCCUCUGUUCAAGAUAUUGCUGUAGACGGGGCUGCCGUUGGGUUGUUGAAAGGGCGUUGGGAGCUUGGACUGGGCAAUACAGCCCAGGUUGUGGGAUAUAAGGCUGGAUCAGUGUUUGCUGGUGGAGGGCUCCUAGCUGUGAUUGAUGUAGCUGGAUGGAGCUGGAUGUUUAUGCUGCUGACAUUUGUGUAUGCAGGUGUGGCUCUGUUUGUGUGGGGGGCCCCUGUGCUGGACGAUGAGAAUGUAAAGCAGGCUGAUGGUAGCAGAAGGGGUGGGCAGGGGGCUGAGGCUGUAAGGCCAUGGAGGGUAUGGAGAAAGCUGAUGGCAGUGCCUGGCACACCUUGGACAAUCCUGUAUGUGCUCACAUACAAACUUGGUGAACAGGGUGCUGUCACCAUGUUUCCUCUUUUCCUCCUGGAUCACCACAUGACAGCCAGAGAGCUCAGCUUCUGGAACGGUGUGGUUGCCAUGGGCUUCUCCAUCUGUGGGUCAUCCCUGGGAGGCCUGCUACUUGCCCAGUUCAGCAUCGGGGCCAUGAUGCGACGGGUGUUUGUGUUGCGUACCAUCAGCAUGGUCUUCCAGAGUUCUCUGCUCACUGUACUGGAACCAUCGCCGCUCAUGAAAGGAAUGGCAGUCCUGAGCAUGAGCGUUCAGCACUUCCUGGGUGGUCUCAUCACCACGCUCACCUUCACUACCAUGAUGCAUUGCACUCAGAGGGCAGAAGAAAGCAUUCAGGCCACGCACUACAGUUUCCUGGCGACUCUGGAGGUGUUGGGGAAGCUGAUGUUCGGCGCUCUGGCUGGAGGAUUGGUGGACUGGUUUGGUUUCCAAGUUGCCUUCCUCUUCUUCCUCACCCUCUCAGCUGGAACAGCCCUGCAUGUGUGGACGGCUACCUUCACCGGUGCUCUCAGGGAAAAUCAGCUCAAAGAACAGCCUAAAUGAGAACCGUCUUAAAGGUUUUCAUUUAGGGCAAGUGCAGCUGCAUUCAUAAUGAUAAAUUCAUUGGAGUUUGACUCCCUGUAAUCAUGAAAAACAAACUUUCUUGAACCGUUAAGAUUAUCAAAGUUGUUCCAUAUAUCAACAGUCUUAAAUAAGUAUGAACCAGCCAUUCUUUAAAGGAAAAAACUACUUUCCUUUAAGUACUCUGUGACUGAGUGCACUUUGUCAUAUCAUUUAAGAUGCAAAGCUAUCCUUAUAUUUUAUUUAUUUUGCUUUGAACAUGUCUUAUAAAGUCUUAAAAAUGUAAUUAGAAGAUGGACCUACUGAAUACAGUGUAGAUCUUGGGUAUAGCUGUAAUAAAUAUGGAAGUAGUCAAACUGGUAAUUAGCUUGAUGAAAGAUGGUUUAUUGUGUUUGUUAGAGACAUAUUUUAAUAUAUAUAGAAAGUUUAAUAGUAGCUAAAAUUAAAGGGAAAUAUAAUCGAAGCUUAUUCUACCAUCUGAGCCAGUUUCAUAUUGUUAUAUGUCAGCAAUAAGCGCUGCAGCCAAAAGCAAUAGUGAGACUUUGUUUUGUUAUACUCUACUGUAUCUAAUCUUGUGUGUUAUACGGUUUACAGUUGUCAACUCAUUAAUCUCUGCUACCUUGUAUCACCAGUGUAAGGUACGAUACAGAUACACAGAACAUAUAGUAACUGCGUAAAGGUAGAGUACACACGUUGACGUCCCAUUAUAUGUUAAUCAAAAUACAACAAAUUAAUUGUAGUUUUUUGAAUUCAGAAAAAAAAUAAAAGUGUAGUUUAGCUCUUGAACAAAGAGCUUUUGCUCCACGACGUAAACCAUACAUUACAAAGUAAACCCUUAUUUUGUUUAAUUCUUUAAGUGUCAGAGUAAACCUCACACUUGUAGGAAACAUCUGCCUUACACACUGCAUGGUGCCAUUUUACUUUAGUUUUUGACCAGGUUCCAUAAGAAUGUAAAUAAAAGUUCCAAAUCGCACUGUAUUACUUUUUUUGUUUUACCUUUUGAGUAUGUUGAAUGCAUAAUAAUAACUCAUAAUGGCUCUUUUUGGUACUGUAUCACAUAGAUUGUUCCCUCAAGUAAGAAAUAGAAGACAAUUUGUCCCAGCUGGCUAUGAAUACAGUUAUAUCCUUCAAGUACAUUUUGCCACUUCAAGGAAAUAUUUGGCCACUUGCUUUCUCUCACAUCAUAAGGACAAGACAAUGAGAUUACAUAUCUAAUAUGUAGCCAUGUCUUGACAUGUAUAACUUGAGAGGCAAAUUACAUAUUUUGUCUCUCAGUUACCGUGUUGCCUGAACUUUGCACAAAAAUAAAGAUGCUGAGAACAUUUUAA